AUGACGGCAGGGUUGAAAACGAUUAUUGCUCUCUCCUUUGUACUUGCCAUCGGAUUCCUCCUCGUCAUCCUCUCCGCUGCGCUGUUCCAUAACUUCCUCACCCUCCUCGUCGUCGCAACUUAUGUGUUAGCGCCCUUGCCGAACUGGGUGGCAGGACGAUGUGCCAAUGCAGACGACUUUAUUGAGAGCAAUUCCGGCGCCUGGAUAGAUCUGGGUCGCUUUGCCACAGGAUUCCUCGUCCUGAUGGGUAUCGCCUUGCCGAUCCUGCUCGCUCAUUCUGCUCUCAUUCAGAUUCCGGCCAUGGUUAUGUCAAUUGUGGGUGGUCUGCUGAUAUACGGCACCAUCAUCAGCUUCACCCAAUUUUUCAAGGAGGAGCAAGACUUUUAA